AUAGCGAUGCUAAUUACUCCUGCGAUCGCUCCUCUAAAAUCUUGAUAAAACUACCUGCCCCGUGCGCAGGAUUAUUGCUUGCUCACCGAGCUAGCGACGUACUUGGAGUCCUUCCUAGGAGAGAAGGCUAGACCAACGCGCGGAAGGGAGAAUUGGUUUGCUUGCCAACACAUUGCAAAUAUGAGGUUUGGGGGCAGCAUUCGGUCCAAGUCCGAGGAUCACUCCGUCAAGGCAGCCGACGUCAUCCUUCAGCUGGGGGAUUCACGUAUUGCGCUGAAAGCGGAAGAUGUCGCCGGAGCCAACGUCAGCACAACACGAGGUGACUCCUGCGAAGAUCUGGCGCAAAGACAGAUUCCACAUCAGAACACUACCGACGACGAAGCCAGAGCACAUGUUGCUUUGCAUCGCAUGCAGAAGGAGCUCUCAGGAAACACGACCGCCACAUCCGCCGCACAGCAUGUGUAUUGGUCGCCCGACGACUUUUCCCAGUCAUUCCCUCAAAAUACGGAGAACUCGGUCCGGAGCACAGAUUCGCCAGAAUCGGUAGGCCUGCAACAUACCACAUUUCACCGAUCACAAGAAUCGCUCUCCAUGACACAGCAAGCGCAAAUGUCUGCCGCGCGUGACUUUGCGCGCUCUUUCGGCCAGUCAAAUACAUUCGACCCUGUCAGUGGGGUAGUGCCUGGUCAAGAAUAUUCACCCGAAGACAUGCGACGCGAUGAGGAAAUCCGCCGUAGCAAGACCGUUGGCGCGUCGGCUACCAAAUCGAGGCGGCCUCGCAAACUGGACUUGGCUCAAUUUUUCGCUCAGGCCAAACAUUCACACAGUGGACCUCCCACGCUUUCGCCAUCCAAUGCCUCUCCAUCAGGUGCAGCCGACAAUAACGAUCUUCCGACUCUCACCCCCUCUUCUUGUACUUCGUUCUCUGCUGCAGGCAGGCGGGCGAAAGCCGCAUCAAACGCUGCCGAGUCAAUGGCUUUACGACCACUGACGGCCAAGAAAGAGCUAGAAGGUGAUAUUUUUGAUCCCAAGACAAAUGUGCGCCGGCCACCGAAGGGCAUUCAGAACUGGUUUGACGCAUACCUCUCCGAUGACGAUGACGAAGAGGAUGAAGUGGAAGAGAACAACGGCGAAGGCGUACCUAUGUCUUUCGAGCUUCCUGCAGACGAGAUACUCCCACCAGCAUAUGAUGGACCCAAUCGUAUGCAUACUAACCGAUCCACCGACUCAAAUAACACAUCAUCUAGCGGAAUUUCAAGUGAUCGAAAACACAGCGAUGGUCGCCAGUGGCAGCCAUCAAGUAAACAAGACUCCGUGUUGUCCGUCUCGUCGCUCGAGGGCGAUCGGGACACGUUCGAUGCUCGAUGGACUCACAGCGCCUCCCACAGUCACAGUUCUUUGUUGCCUGCCUCGCCGUACAGCGCUACUUACCUUCAUUCCUCGUCAUCGCGUCCGCACAACCUACGUAGUCUAAGUCACGAAAGCCUGUAUACCAGCUCUCGCGACAGCAAUCACAGCAGAAUACAAUCUGGUGGCGGCGUCUCAAUUGCCAAUUCGACAAUGUCGCGCGACAAGCCACUUCCACGACCACCAGGCCAGAACUCCGAUGCUGCCAUGUCUCCCAUUUCGAGCUCCGGAUCCUUUGGGCGAGGUUUCCAUCGCAUGAACAAUCCUAGUGUUGGAUCAACGAUACCAGACUCACCGUACAUGGAAAAUCAGGGUGAUACUUUGGGCGGCGACGCCGCUGUCGUCAUGGCGGUCACAGAGGAAGAGCGACAACUUCUGGAUUUAAUGCGCCGGAAACGGGCUGCUAUGGCGCAAUUGUCUUUUUCCGAAGGCUACCAGAUGGCAUUACGUCAGGACGCGCAACAUUACCAGGGCCAACCAUCCUUGUCUCCAACGACCAUGGAACUUCCGCGCGAGUUUCGCGCGAGCGAUCGUCGAGCACCAGGUCAAGCAGUACGCAGCUGGACUGUCUCGGUUCCAACGCAUGCAGACGACGAGAUGAUACGGCGGCAGCUUAGCGAUAUUCGUAAAGAAGAUGUCGACAAUGCGCUGAAGAUGGAACGCUUCCUAAGCAUGCAGGCUCCGCCGGUCCUGACAUCUAUGCACCCUGCCGAGAUUCCCCGGGUGCCUGUCGAACUGCCAGCCUCGAUGCCGAACGACGAGCCUUCGAUGCACAAUGGUACUUUGCCACACCAAAGAGUUCCAUCACUCAUCCACACGGUCAUGCCGGAGGACGACGAUUCGGCGGUCGACAACCCAGCGAAGGUCAAAAAGUUCCUCGCCAACAGCACCGGACUCUAUGCCGCACCACCGUACACAGCCGCCGCCGGUGGGUCCCCCGGGCGAAACAAAUCUUCACUUGCGGGAGUCAUGCCAUCUCCAGUACCAGAAGAGGAACCGAUCUCAUCGCAAACGACACCGCGAGCAGACACGGAUGCCCUGCCGCGUCCUAGCAUCGAUCAUCCAGUAAUCACCAUGCGCGACGACCCACGACAGCUGCCCAUAGAAAUUCAGAUGGUUGCAGAGAUGCUCCGCAGCAGUAGCAGUGACGGGAGUGGUCACGACAGUGUCGGAGCGGACUCCUCGACUCCAGCAUCAUCAGUUCCCUCAUCGAUGGCACGAAGCGCCUCGGUAUCGUCAUUCCUAUCACGACAAGAUUCGACCAAGCACCUCGCACAUCUGCGGCCUAUCGGAAACGCCUCGCCACUAGGCUCACUCAUUUCCGCUUCGGGUGAGACUGGUAGCAGACGCGACCAAGCCAUCCCAGAGUAGCAAGGUUUCGGUUUAUCGAUGUGGUGCUUCGAGGCGGCACCGCAUACCAUCCGUUCUUGAAUUUCUGCUUCGCAACUUAUUACAUCCCCGCCGUACUCUACAGCCACAUGAUCGCAAGCGACUGACACCAUUCAUGCGAUCCUUGCCUUUUUUCCUCCAAGAGGAAGUCUUGAUGACAAAUAUCGACAUACGAAGCCGCGCUCCUCAGCCACGAACCACAU